AUGCAAGUUUACAAGAUAAAUCCAACACGUGUCCAAACGGUGAAUGACUCUUUAGCAAGGACGGGCACAAACCAGCUAGGUGGCAUUUUUGCAAAUGGGCGUCCACUACCGUCGCAUCUCCGGGAGCGCAUCAUCGAGAUGGCUGCUUCAGGAACCAAGCCCUGUCAGAUCUCCCGCGAAUUACAAGUGUCUCACGGAUGUGUCUCAAAGAUUCUCUCCAAGUAUCGCGACACCGGCUCAAUUCGGCCUGGCAAAAUCGGCGGUUCCAAGCCCAAAAAAUCCAUUCCUCAGGUAAGCUUAAAGUUACCCUAGAU